AUGAUGGCGUGUGAUAUUCAUCUGAAUUAUGCUGAACAACUUCUUUGUCAAAGUGGUCUUCCAUGUUUAAUUGAACUUGUCAUUCGUAAUAAUGCACCAUGGGCAAUAAUUGAUCCAAAUCAACAACAAGUUAGAGAGGAAUGUUCAAAAGUUGAAAUACGUCAAGUUGUUGUACCAUGGACUGAACUAACAACUUUGGUUACUGUAUUUACCAUAAUUGUUAGUGUAAGUCAAUGUCUAUUUUUAGCUGUAGACAUUAUUCUUACACUCAUUCAUAGUCCCAAUCUAACAGAUUUUGUUCAAUGGAUCAUUGGGUUACAUUUUGAAAAUGUUUUCAUGCCUCAUUCGAAAGAAUUACAUCCAUUAUUAGCUCUUCAUCUUCUUUCAUCAACAAUCGAAGCUGAUAAAAAGCAAACUGUUGUUGUUGAAAGAACUUUUGCUGGUAAAAGUUCAUUCAUUGAAUAUAUUAACAUAGAAAUUGUUGAAUUAGAUUAUGUUCAACAUUGUAUUUCAAUUAUUCCAUAA